CAGUGCAGUACAGUGCAGUGCGUAGUGUCGCAUGUGGAUGUUUUUUUUUUGCUCAACACACGUGCAUUUACCCAUAGCAUUUACCUUACCUACGUAUGGCAUUUACCGGCUACGACUACUAGCCGUACGUACCAGCCUGUGACCGUGUGGCGUUGUUACAAAAAAUAUGGCGAAGACAGACGUGAAAAGACACAGUAAAAGACUAAGCAAAGUUGUCACCAAUGAAGUUGAAGAAAAAGAGGACAAUGUUGAAGGACAGACCGAGAUUGUCUCUUCAAGCAAACAAAUAGUGGUAACGGAGGAGGAUUCUCCCAGGAAGGACCAAGAGGAACCAGAGUCUCAGAUGGACACUGUCAUUGAAGUAAAAGGAAGUGUGACCACAGUGGCUGUAUCCUGGGACAAGAAGAGUGAGGAUGCAGAAAACAAGGCUAAUGCAAGUGAUCAGAUGGAUAGAGAAGAACCGAUCAUCUCUUCAUCUGAUGCCGUCGGCUCCACAGAGGACCGUCCCAGUGAGAGUGUAGAGACAAAGAUGGAGCAAGAGAUGCAGGAAUCUGGAGAAUCUCAGAUGGACAUUGUGGCUGGAAGUACAGCCACAGUAACCAUGACCUGGGACAAGGAGAAUGAGGAGGGACAGAGCAAAGAUGUCAAUAAGGAAGCCAACGGAGGUGAACAGACGACUGUUGGAAAAACAACAGUAAAAGGGAAGCGGAAGGCAAGUUCUGCUGUUGAGACCUCUCCAUCAAAGAAAACCAAGCACAUCAAUGAUGGCUUCUGUCUUUAUGUUGGCAACCUGAACAACUCCAAAACAUUUGACGAAAUCAAAGCUUCCUUAGCAAAUUACUUGAUGAAACAAAGUCUCCUGGUCCAAGACAUCAGAUUAGACCGGUCCAAAAAACAUGCAUUUGUAGAUUUGGCCUCCGAGAUGGACUUAACCAAAGGCUUGACGUUGAACGGAGAAAUGAUGGAUGAGAAGCCAAUGAAGAUUGCCAAAGCAAAGGUCAAAAGUGCUGAUGCGGUGAAGAUUAAAGCUCCAGCGGAGGACAAAAAGGCCAAAGAUAGCAGAUGUUUGUUUUUGAAAAAUGUCCCAUACACCGCAACAAAAGAGGACAUUCUGAAAGCGUUCCGCAAGGCCAUCGCCGUUAGGUUUCCUGGUGGAACCGAAGGCCCAAAGAAAGGUAUUGCUUUUGUGGAGUUUAAAAAUAAAGCUAUUGCUGAGAAAGUACGGCAGUGGAAACACGAAGUAAAGAUCCAAGGCCGGGUUUUGAUUGUGGACGGUGUCGGAGAAAGAAAUACGCCUGAAGUCCCCAAAGACAACACAAAAGCUGCAGCUCCUCCAAAUGACAGCUUAUUUGUGAGCAAUUUGCCUCACAAUGUAAAUGAAAUAAACCUCAAGAAAGUCUUUCAGAAAGCUGUUAAAAUCCAAGUACCAAAAAAGCAAGGCAAAUCAAUAGGGUUUGCGUUUGUUGAGUUUGCAGCGGUGGCAGAUGCUGAAAAGGCCUUGCAGUCAUCACAAAACCUGAAAAUCUCACAAAAGGAGAUCAAGGUGGAAUUCUGCAAAAGGAGAGCACAGUCAGAGAAGGCAAACGUCCUAUCUAAAACCCUGAUCGUGAUGGGCCUUGCCGAGAAGACGACAGCAGAGACUCUGAAAGGUGCUUUUGAAGGGGCUUUCAGUGCAAGAGUCGCUGUAGAUAAAGAGACCGGAGUUUCAAAAAGGUUUGGAUUUGUGGAGUUUGAGAGUGAAGACGACUGCAAAGCUGUCAAAGAAGCCAUGGAGGACUGUGAGAUAGAUGGCAGCAAAGUGACUGUGGCUUAUGCAAAAGCCAAGGGCGCAAAAGGUCCAGGACACCCCGCCAAGCCCCCCCUGGCACCCAGUGGACAGCCCGCAGGUCAGAGGGCCGGGAAAGGCCGGCGUAAAGCCAAAGGUAAAGGACGUGGAGCCAGCACACCACAGGAUGCUGUUAAAGAAGUGGACAAGUUGUAGUAGUAACAGACCUACAAGCAUGUACAAGCUCAAGAAUGUUUGAGUUUGGCUGAAUGGGGGUGUGGAAAUGUGUACAGUUGUUCUAGUCCUACCUGAUUGUAGGAUAUGGGACUAGAGAUGUUCUCAAUACCAUUUUGUUUUUUUCAUUCCCAAUUCUGAUACCUGUACUUGCAAAUUGACUAAUACCAAGGACUGAUCCGAUGGAAGGCCUGGCUCGGGUGACCCUUUGUAAAACAUGAAAAAUACAUUCAGUGAAUGAAUGACGUAGAACUUAUUUAAGUAUCUAGUGUGACAGUCAGUCAUAACACAAAACAAACUACUUAGUAGUUUUUUCGGUGGCUAAAUUAUAUGUUAUUGGAUCCUUGCUUACUCACCGAUACCAUCAUUUUAGGCAUUAUUUGAGGCUAUCCCCAUAUCGGUAUUGGAACAACUCUACACAUGACACCUUGUAAUUUUUUGUACUUUAAUCUAUGAACUUCAUAACUAUUAUGAAAUAGUAUGAAAGCACCCUGACUUGUUAUCACAUGAUGUAGUUUUAUUAUGUGAAAAGUUGAUUAAGAUGGAACCCUUUUAUGUGAAGAUAAAUCUAUUUUCAAACCACA